GUCCGGGAGCCGGAGCGCCGCCCGCGCCCCCGGUGUCCCCGCGCGGCCGCACCGACAUGCUGCCCGACUGCCUGUCGGCGGACAGCGAGCAGCGCUGUCGGCGGCUGCUGGCGGAGGCCACGGCCCGGCUCCGCUGCCGACCGGCGGCGGCCGCGGUGCUCGUGCCGCUGUGCUUAGUGAGCGGGGUCCCGGCGCUGCUCUACACGCUGCGGUCCAGCCGCCUGUCCGGGAAGCACAGGGGGGACGUCAGUUUCCCAGGUGGCAAGUGUGACCCCACCGACCAGGAUGUGAUAGAAACGGCUCUGAGGGAGACCCGCGAGGAGCUGGGCCUGGUCGUGCCCGAGGAGCACGUGUGGGGCACCCUGCGGCCUGUGCACGACCCGAAAAAGGCCGCAGUGGUACCAGUGCUCGCUGGCGUCGGGCCCCUGGACCUCCAGAGCCUCAAGCCCAACCAUGCCGAGGUAGACGAGGUGUUUGUCCUGCCGCUGACGCACCUGCUGCAGGCGGAGAACCAGGGCUACACCCACUUCUGCAAGGAGGGGCGCUUCAGCUACACGCUGCCCGUGUUCCUGCACGGCCCACACCGUGUCUGGGGGCUCACGGCCAUCAUCACAGAGUACACCCUGCAGCUGCUGGCCCCUGACGCCUACCGGCCACGCCUGGCCAGCUCCCAGCAGCCCCGGGACACGGGGUCCCGCGAGAAGUAGCUCGCGCCCCUACCCCAUCUGACUGCAUUUGACUGAUCACUCCGGGCUGAAUAAAGA